AAAAGAAAAACGAAAAGACUAAUAAACAACAUAAAAUAAAAAGAAAGUAUAUUUACCAAAAAAACAACAAUAAAAAGUUGAAAGUAGAGACACAGAAGAGAAUGGCCAAGUUCACUGUCGGGAUCGAAGAAGAAGGGCCAAGCAACCGAGUCCCUAAGCGUCAAAGGUUCGAGGGUAUUGUGGCUGUGGAAGGCUUUGGUCAAGAAGAAUCAGAGCAAGAGCAGGAAGAGGAAGAAUCAGAAGGAGACGAAGUUUCAGAGGGAGAAUCAGAAGAAUCAGAAGGAAGUGGAGCUGAGCAAGGAACCAUGAGCCCUCAGACUGCUAGCGAUGGCUCUAUUUCUAUUACCUUAACUGACCCUCAAGUUCUUGAUUGUUCUAUUUGCUGUGAGGCCUUGACGAUCCCAGUUUUUCAGUGUGAUAAUGGGCAUAUAGCUUGCUCUACCUGUUGCAUCAAAAUUAAGAAUAAAUGUGGAUCCUGUGCUAGUCCUAUUGGCUGUAGUCGCUGCAGGGCCAUUGAGAAAGUUCUGGAAUCUGUCAAAGUGUCAUGUCAACACACAAAGUAUGGGUGCAGAGAAACAUUCAGUUAUAGUAUGAAACAGAAACAUGAGAAGACAUGUCCUUUUACGCCAUGUUUAUGCCCCCUUCCUGAUUGCAACUUUGAGGGAACAUCAAAGCAGUUAUACGAACACAUUGGUAAUGAACACAAGAAUUCUGCGAUGCGUUGCCAUUAUGACUGCUCUGUACCGAUUACCUUAGGAGUUGAUGAAAAUUUACUUAUUCUUCGAGAGGAGACAGACGGUUCUUUAUUUAUUCUCAACAAUAAGGUUGAAACUUUGGGAAAUGUAAUCACUUUGAGCCGGAUUGGACCCUCAAUGGAGAGAGGUUUCUUCUAUGAACUAAUUGCAAAAGCUCCGACCGAGGGAAGUAGCCUUAGAUUACAAUCCUUCAUAAAGAGCACUCCAAAACUGGUUGAUAGCCCAACUUCAUUAGGGUUUCUUCUGGUUCCCAGUUGUUUCUCUUGCAUUUCCAGGCAGCUCAAGAUGGAACUCCGCCUGUUUCCUGGUCGAAUUCCCUACAACAUCCGGAGACCCUCGUGGCUUAUAAACUUUUAACUCAAAUUGUAGCAAUUGUCAUUUAUGUCUAGCAAGGGUUGUAUUUUUUUUUUUUUUAAUUUUUGUUAUUAUUAUAUCGGGCAUCGAUAUGCUUUCUACUAAUAUAAUUUAUCAAACCUUGCACCAAUAUUUCAUUUACAUGACCACUUUUCUACUGUUUUAGCCCUAUGACCAGGUGUGUAUGUUACACAAUCUUAUACCAAAGCAAUGUUCACAGGUUCAUGUAGCCUUUUUCUGGGGAAGAUGGUCGAGUAACUGACUUCUUUAUUUGCUGCAAAUAGAGCUAGACAUUGAUUAUAGAUCAAGAGUCCAUCUUGUCUUCAAAUUGAUUCCUUGGUUCUACACUUUCUGGUUCAUUGCUAGCAGAAGAAGAGUUCAUGUUCUGCUAUGUGCGAGAAAUAUUGAGGAGACCAAUGGAAAAAAAAAAUUAAGGAACUCUUUUUAUUUAAUUUUUGAAUUUGUGAAACUAAUUGUCUUUUUUAUUUUUAUUUUUCCUUUGCUUCAAAAGUUUCCAGUCAAAUAUGCAGCAAAAGUUUAUUGCACUGCUUUUAUGAUGAAACCAUCCAAUUUUAAUCCAUUUCGUCCAUUAAAAUUUUCACCAUCUAAAUCAAAUAAAUCCUUCAAGCAAGGUGGAUGAAUAAUUUUGAUAAGAUAUUGUGUUUAAGAAAACAUGAAUAAAACAUGCAUGUGAUGCUUGGUAUAAUACUGCCAUUGAAAUCUCUUUUAGCUUUCCAUUCUUCGUAAAACCUUGCCUCUAUUGUUGCUUCUUUA